UUCAGUCUAUCUUGUAAUCUGUUGACGGCAACCUUCAAUCUCAGUGGCUGCAAAAUUCAAGGAAAAAAAACAAUGAAUUCUCUCUCAGCUACUGGAUUUUCCCCAAAUUAUCCACUCAUUCACUGCAUUAAUCGUCGUCGAUUCUGCUCCAGGAUGCCAGCCGUCUUCUCCAGCCUCAAAUCUUCGACUACUCCCGUAGAAGUGGAUGAAUUGAUUGGAGAUGAUGUCUUGCAAGCUUUCUUCAGAGAGAGGAAAUCCGAUGGCGAUAUUAUUGCGAGAAUUUGCGAUGAACUUUGGCUAAGGGGUGCCAAUGCAAAUUAUAGAAAUUUUGAGGAGGUUUCUGAUGAUGAGAACUUCAAUGCGCAACAGGCUUUCGAAGAGGGAAGUGAAGGUGGGUUCCUGAAAUUGAAGAAAACUAGUGAAUGGCUGAUGGGAGACACUGACUCGGCGCCAAUGAAUAAGAAAAUGACCAUGAAGGAGGUAGCAGACGAGAGUGAGAGAAGGAAAAGAUUGAAUUUCCUCAGAUAUGAAGCUCUGAAGAGGGAGCUGCUUCUUUUGACUAUGGCCAUUGGAACUGCCUGUAGUGGAUACUGUCUCGUAACUUUAUCAGUCCAGGCGGCUGUGAGCUAUGCAACGGGAGUUCUUUUCAGUUGCUUGUAUUUUCAACUACUAUGCAAACAGGCGGACAACAUAUCACGAGAAAUGGUUCCAGAAAUUUUCAGAACAAAGAAGGCCAAAAAAAUUGGAAUAAGAAGCGAGGAUCUGCAGGAUUCGCUGGAGAAAACUCUGAAGGGUGCUGGUCUUGCUCUUUCAUCUCCAAGGCUCGUUAUCCCUGCUGCAAUAUACGGCCUGUGGGAACUGUCACAGCAUUUCACCCACGACAUUUUUGAUUUUCAGCUCGUGCCAGCUAUGGUCGGGCUGUUUGCAUAUAAGGCUGCUGCACUGGUGCAAGUCUAUCGAGACAAUGAAGACCUUCAGUUUAUCUUUCCCGACAGUGCAGAUGGAUCAAGUGACUGAACUCAUGGGAUCUCAUGCGAGCAGGUGAAGUAACUAUAACUGAGACACAAGGACUUAUCUAUGGAAGCUGUGAACUUCAUAACACCCGCCCCCUUACUAUUGUGUUCUGAUAACGUCUCAAACGAUCAACUACACUUUGAGAAAUGACACGAUGGAAAUAGUCAAGUUUAGCGUAGAAAAACAAGAUGAUCUAGCUAUACCCGAGUACGAGUAGAAUCAGACAAUGAAACGAAUGUUGCAUCGUCUUCGACUACUUCACCAACUUGUGGAGGUCAGAUGUCGGAAUUCUUUGUGAAACUAGUUUUGGUUCUCAUAGUGUGGAUUCUUGCAGUAGGAAGUAGAUAUAUGUAGUAUGUAUAUAAAUUCGCUUAUACGUAUUAGAUUGGUUUCAUUUAACUCUUGUUGUAUUCUCUUAAUUUUGCCAACAGAAAAGUCUAUUUUUACUAUACUAGAA